UUCCAGCGCCGGUGAUAAUCAUAUCUCACGCGCGAUGUCGUCGACUUCGGCCCAAAUGGACGACAACUCGUCGGACGACUUGCUCACCAAAUAUCAAAGACUGGCCGCCAAGUACUCCAAGAUGAGAGCACAGAUCCAGGUGCUGAAGACGGCGUUCACCGACGAGCAGCACAAGAGCUGCCAACUGAAGGACAGCGUCAACGAAAGGGAUCAAUCGGUGCGACGUCUGGAGCAGGAGAUGGAAAGCCUCGACUUCCGGAACCAACAGUUGGCCAAACGGGUGGCUGUCCUGCAGGACGAGCUCGACGUCAGCCAACGCCACGCUAACAGCGCUUCCGGCAAGAAGUCGCUGCUGUUGAGGAGUGGUCGACAACUGUCACAGCAGUCGGCGUCCAAUCACUCGACGCCUGACCACAGAACUAAUGGCGAUAUCAUCGGCGGCGGUGGCGGUGACAGUGUGUUGGAUGUGAUGAAUGGCGAACUCCAGAGUAAGAUCACCGAAAACGAGAGGUUACACAUCCAACUGAACGCCAUUGAAAUGGAUUAUCAGUCAAAGAUGGCGGACAUCGAGCGACAGUUGGAUCAGUCGCGCGGUGACAGCGAUCUGAGGCAUAAGUCGCUCAUUGAAUCUCUCGAUGAGAAGCAACGGCUCGUC